AUGUAUAUGUAUCGAUAUGAAAAACGAAUUAAAUAUUAUGGACAUUUAGAAAAUGAAGAACAAAGAACUCACUUAUCUCUUGAAGCAAAUUCUGAUAUCAGUUCCGUAAGAGCUUAUGGCGAUGGUCUAACUCGUGCACAAGUUGGUAAAAAUACAUCAUUUGUUAUUGAUGCUAAAGCAAUUCCAGAUGGUGAUGUUAAAGUUGUUGUGACAACUCCAUCUCAACGUAAUUGUCCUAUGCAAGUGGUUAAUAAUAAUGAUGGAAGUUGGAAUAUUCAAUAUCUACCAUAUGAAAUUGGUGAUUAUUACAUUGAUGUCUUCUAUCAAAAUCAGUUAGUACAGGGUAGUCCAUUUAAAGUAAAUGUUUUUGAUAUAUCAAAAGUGGUUGUUUCCAAUAUUCAAGCGGGAACGGUUGGUCAACUUGUCAAUUUUGAUGUGGAUGCGUCAGAAGCUGGUGCUGGUCAACUAGAAAUAUCAAUUCAAGAUGGAAAAGUUCCAUGUGAUGCAACGCCACGAGGAAAUUUUCGAUUUGAUGCUUCUUUCUUACCUCGAGAAUAUGGAAAACAUUUGAUUGAUGUUAGAUUUAAUUCUAUCCCUGUUCCGGGCAGUCCAUUCUCUUGUGAAGUUGUCGAUUUGGCACGUGUAACAGUAUCAGACAGUAUUAGAAAAGGUCAUGUGGGUAGACCACUAUCGUUUGAUAUUACUACAAAUACUAUACAUCAUUUACCAUUAGAUUUAACAAUAACAGCUCCAUCUGGUCGUACUAUUAGCUAUAAUAUUGUCAAAAUGAGUGAUACUGAACAGCGUGUUGAAUUUACCCUGAAUGAAAUAGGCAAUCAUCGAAUCGAUGUUCGUUUGGGAAAUAUGGCUAUUCCUAAUUCACCAUUUCAUCUCAAAGCCUAUGAUUCAUCACGUCUAAUUGUUUCCGAUAUACCUCGAAUAGUAACACUUAAUCAACCAGUUGAAUUUACUGUUGAUGCAUCCAAAGCUGGUGAAGGACAACUCGAAGUUGCCAUUAACGAUGGAUUAGUACCAAAUCAAGUUAAACCACUUGGAAAUUCACGAUUUUUAUUCAAUUUUAGUCCAAGAACAAGUGAUCCUCAUGUGUUAUCUGUCAAAUUCAAUGGGGAUUUGCUUCCUGAUAAUAAUAAUGUUUGA